AUGUGUUUAGAGCACAGUUACUCGAAAACACAACAAUUAAUUGCAAUUAAUGAUAAUGUUGAUAAUAACAAUCAUAAUCAUAAAGAUAACAAUAUCGAUGGCCAGUUUAAGGCCAGUUAUCGUUUGGAUACCCGGGGCUGUCGUAUUAGUGAUCUGCCAGUGUUUGAUGAGGAAACUCGGCCACUGUUUGCCGAUUAUAUUCACUCAAAUCAGACACAAUGGCAGUGCAGUAAACGGAUGCCCAUUAAAAUUAGUCGACAAAAUGAGACAUCAAUUUUGUUGGACUGGUCUGGACUAAACUUUCAGCCCCUGUGCUACUAUCGGAAACUAUGGCUAGAGGGGUCCGAUAAACAGGGUAAUUUUCGUGGACCAAUAUUGACCCGGGUACUUGAAUUUCCCGAAUCCGAUUUUGUACACGUAGUAUGUUUUAACAAUAGGCUAGCAGUGGGCCAUCGGAAAGUUAGUGCCAAAAAAUUUAAUCCCAAAAAUUCCGAUAUUAUACUCAAUAGUAUAGUACCGUUAAUACCUAUUGUCAAACCAACAUCACCACCACUGGCUACCAGUCCAACAACAGGUACUGAUGCUGAUGAUGGUGGUGUACCCAAUAUACUAUUGUUGGCCAUUGAUUCGACAUCAUACGUAAAUUUUAAGCGACAUUUCCACCUAACUGGCCAACUAGUUAGAGAUCAUGAAUUCUAUGAACUAUACGGCUAUAAUAAAGUUGGUUCAAAUACUUUCCCUAAUAUGAUACCGUUCCUAACCGGCCAUCGACCCGAUGAACUGGUACACCAUCGUAAACUCGGUAGUAUUUAUUUCGACGAUUGGCCACUAAUUUGGAAAGACUAUCGAAAUCAUGGUUUUUUGACUGCAUAUCUCGAAGAGAUGUCGUGGUGCGGACUAUUUUACUUUAAUUUGAAUGGUUUUCUACAUAAGCCGACCGACUAUCAGACCCGACCCUAUCAUUUGGAAAUUAUUAAAGAAAAGUAUAACUAUUAUUGUUAUAAUGAUAAGACUGAAACACAGCAUUCAUUGGACUGGACCUACGAUUUUGUUAAAGCUAUGAACCAAAGAAAGCAACAGUAUUUUGCAUACAUAUCGGUCAGUGAGAUGACACACGAUUGGAUAAAUGCCGGACACUUUCUGGACGUACCCUAUCAUCAAUUGUUGAGCCGACUGUUCACGGAAGGACUGGCCAAAAAUACGGCCAUAUUUUUAUUCUCAGAUCACGGCGUUCGUUACGGUGAGCUCAGGCGUACGCAUACCGGUGAAAGUGAAAACCGAUUGCCAUUUAUGUUCAUACAUUUGCCGAAACAGUUUACCAAUAAGCACCGGGAUGAUGGAUGGUUAGCUAAUUUAACAGUUAAUCAACAUAGACUGACCACUGCUUUCGAUAUACAUGCCACACUCUAUCAUAUUGUACAUGGAAAGCCAAAUACUAGUCAACCGCACGGCAUAUCCCUGUUCACCCCCAUCAGCGACCAGCGCCAGUGUAUCAAUGCUUCGAUACCGGAAAUGUUUUGUUCGUGUUUUUCCGAACAAAUAGUUACCGAUUAUCAACCGUUUUACCGAUCGGGAAUCAUUGGCCAGAUUGUUGACCACUUGAACUCGUUGACCAAUUUCUAUCGAUAUAUGUGCUUGAAAUUUACGUUUCAUUCAGUCUAUCGGAUAUAUCAACGGGAAAAUAGUCGUAACGAUUCAGAGUAUCUGUUUGGUCAACAAGUGGUCAAAUAUAUCAUUCAACUAUAUGUUAACCCAGGGAUGGCAUUGUUCGAGACGGUAGUGAAAAGUUUGAGCACCCGAUCAGCUAACUAUACAAUGAUUACUAAAAUCUAUCGUAUCAAUAGAUAUGGUAAUCAAUCGGAUUCUGUGGUCAGUCUAAUUAUGAUUGACCUAUAA